AUGAACAAGCAAACAAUUACCCCGAGCAUCAGCCCGCCGCUUUUCUUGAAACCUCGCCACCAACCAUUAGACAACACCGCACAAACUGCGCCGCUCGUCUUCUUCCUCCACCCCGGUUACGCUGACAGCCACAAUAUUCUCUUGACUCUUCCCGCAUUUGACACUGGUGGGGUCCACCAUGGAACUGCGCACACAGCCUGUGCCAUUCUCACCAACUGUCGCUGGGAUGGCUGUCGUUGA